ACUAAUAUCAUAAUACAGGGGUGUUAUGUGCACAUUACCUUAUCUUUUUUUAAAAAAAUUUUUUCUCUAUAUAUAUCCUUAAACAUUUUUUAUUUUUAACUUUGAGAAUUUGUAAAACAAGGAUUUGAAUUUUUUGAGAUUUCAGUUUUUGUUUUCUAUUAAUUUUUUUUCUUUAUUUUAAUUUUUUUCGUAUCAACACUAUUAAAAUAAAAAAAAGAGGGGGGAAAAAAAUCCCAAUAUCAGCCUGCAAUGGUUUUCAGAGUUUGGAGCAAAUUUGUUUUCGUUAGUUUGCACUUUAUUUUCAUUUUUUAUUUUCUAUUUUUAUCUUUACUUUUCUUUUAUAUUUGUAUUUAUAUUUAUAUUUUCUAUUUUUAUCUUUACUUGUCCAUUAUCAGUGUCCUCCAAUAGUGUCCUUUGCGGUCAUUUUACAAAAUUAUUUAUUUUUAUAUAUUUUAUAAAAUUAUUUAGUAAGGGUAAUUUAGUCAACUUAGGGUUUAAAUUUGUCAGAAGGACCUAUUUGCACAAAAUUAAAACUUUAGAGGUUUUUUUGCUCGUGAGGGGCAUCUCCUUUUCAGUCAUUUUGCAAUAUUUAUUUUUAUAUAUUUUAUAAAAUAGUUUAGUAAGGAUAAUUUAGUCACUUUAUAGUUUAAAUUGGUGGAUAGGCACUGUAAACUUACUUUAGAGUAUUUUUUGUACUUGACCCUUAUAAAAUAUUGGCAAUUGAGAGAGCGAAAUUUGUAAAAGUAGUGGUGAGAAUUUUGUAAUAAAAGACUAUACUGAAUAAAUGUUUAUUAUUUGUUAGAACUUAGAAGUGUGGAUUUUUUUAUUUUAUUUUAUUUUAUUUUUUUUAUGUUAUAAAAAUUUUAUAGCACACCUAUAUAUAUGUAUAUAUAUUUCUUUCUAGUCGGUACUUUUCCAUCGCGAGUGAGUUGUAGUGUAUCCCAAAAUACAAAUGGACGGUGAAUGCUUAAGCUAAAAAAGAAGGGACUCUUGGUAUGGGUACUUUUGCUUUUCCGCGAGAAGCGAAGUGAAAAUUGGUUCUUGUUCUCCCUCCCACCCACCUACCCUCUAAAGACGUCAUGGGCUAGCUUGUGUUGGUGUUGGUGUUGGUGUUGGUGUUGGUGUUGGUGUUGAAGUGGAACAAACUCGAAUCUGAAGAAGCAAAGAAAGUGGUAGCUGCCAGAUAACAAUUACAGUUUAGUUAUGGAUUACAACGAGGAGGAAACGGGUCUUCAAGAAAUAGAAAUAGAAAUUGUUAAGAAGAUGAUUAGAAGAAAUGAUUAUGUGGGUGCUAGAGAUAAGUUGCUGAAAGUGCAACAUCAUUUUCCAGCUCUUGUUAACAACAUAUCUGAGAUGAUCUGCGUCUGUGACAUACUAUGCACUGCAGACUUUAAUAAUAAGUUGUCAGAUUAUGGUACGGACUGGUACCAGGUUCUUCAAGUCAAUCCUACAGCCAGGGAAACCCAAAUACAACAUCAGUAUCGUAGAAUCACUGCUCUUUUACAACAACCUCCCAUUAACAACUGCUUCCCUGGCACUGCAUCUGCUUUGAAAAUCAUCCAGGAUGCCUUUUCUGUGCUUUCACAUCCAGAGAAGCGCCCACUUUUUGAUUUGGAAAGGGCUACAAGUUUGGGUGCUUAUGAAUCUGCUGUGAUUUUCCAGAAAAGCUUUGAUGAUUUGGGUCAAAUUUCAUUUCAGAGAGAAUAUAGUUCAGCACCUAUAUGUAAAGGAGGAGCUACUUGUGAGACAUUGGAUGGUAAUGGUAUCCAUCAUCAUGUGUGCUGCCCACUACAACAAUUUCAAUUUCAAUUUCAUACACAUCAAUAUGCGAUUCCAGCCCCAGGUAGAGAGUUGGAGGAGGAGGAGGUUGUUCAUAGUGCUGAAAUAUCUACUGGAAAUGAGCUGGACCCCUUGGCCGCCAUUCCUGAUGCUCUGAAAAACAUGGCCCAGGAAGAAACAUCAGAAAAUGGAAUUUCUAGUGAGUAUUCUUCCUUAACCCACUGUCCCCUAUUUUCCCCACAUACACCAGAAUCAUCAAUAAAAUUCAGAUGGUCAGCAGAACAUGUUGCUUCAGAACAAAUAUGGGCUGUAUAUGAUGGUCCUGAUUCUAUGCCUCGUCGCUACGUUGUAGUGAACAACCUAAUUUCAGAUAAUGAAGCUUGUGUGACGUUCUUGGACCCUCAUCCCAUGCUUGAUGAUGAAAUCUAUUGGGUUGAAGAGAACCUACCUUUUGUUGUUGGGUUAUUUAGAGCUAGUACAACUACUCUCAAUUUAAGUAUAACUCACUUCUCACAUUUGAUUGACUGUGACCCAAGUGCAAACAAGUCUUUCUACAAGAUAUAUCCCAAGAAAGGUGAAGUUUGGGCAAUGUACAGGAACUGGAAUAGCAGAUGGAAGCAAUCGGACUUUACUCACUACCGAUGUGAAAUUGUUGAAAUCAUUUCAGAUUUGAUCGACAAGGAUUCUGAGCUCAAAACAGCCAGCUUAGUACCACUGUCAGGUUGCAUGACAUUUUUUCGUAGGCAAUUGUCCAAUGAAUUUGAGUUGGUCCGCACCGUUCCAAGAACUGAGAUGCUUAGUUUUUCUCACCGAAUAGUGGCUUUCACUGUUCCAGGUAUCGAAAAACAUGGUAUCCCAGAAGGCUCGUUGCACUUAGAACCCAAUGCAUUGCCUCUCAAAUUUGGUAUGCAAUUUUAACUCUAAAAAGUUUUAAAGGAAAGUUCUUAUUGGGGUUCGAGUGAGCGAGUGCAACUACUUCAAAAAGGAUAAGGAUAUUUCUUUAUCAUGAAUUAUGUAAUAAAAAAUUGACCCAUGGCUGUGUUGUAGCUAAUGAGCUGAAAUGGUGGAAUUCCCUUGCUACAUAAGUUCCUGUAGUUUCGCAUCAACCAUGACCAUAUUUUGGCACCAUGGUCUUCGCAGCAAUAAGAAAUGGAUGAGUACGGUAGCAAGUUACUGGCACUACUCCAAGGAAAGGUCUCCUAGCCCUUUGGGGUAAAGCUUCUAACCUCUACAUAUCCACUUAUUUGGCUUCUUUCCCUCGUGAUAUCUCCUAUAACAUAUUUUGGGCAGUCUUUCCCUCUUUAUAUAUCGGCGCCCUAUCCAGUAGUCUAGACUUUACCAACAUUGACAACCCCAUCUCAGCUCUUCUUUUUAGAAAGCGGCCUUAGAGAAUAAAAUGCAAAAUUGUUACUCUCAUCCUUUCUUACUCGGCCUUAAAAGAUUUAUAACAAGCCACCACACCAGUACUCGGCCUAGAAUGUUUAAAGCAUAAUGGAACAGCAACGGGAUUCCAUCCAUACUUGAACAGGAUACUAAGAGACAUUUUGACGUGGAAGGGUACGUACUAGCAAUAAAUAUCAACCCAAUUAUGACCGAUGACUACAAAGAUUUGGGAAGUUAUAUGACCACCAGCAGCAAUUUAGAUCAAGCACGCUUUCAUUUUAACAACUUUUAUGUACGGAUUCACAUAUUGUCAAUCAGGCAUCAGGACAUACCCUUAAAUGUUUUUUCUUAUCUAUCUUCCGGUACUCUGGGCGAGACUGAAUUAAUUCCAUCCAACCACCACAAAACAAAUGUACCACUGGUUUAUGCUUCUCUUAUUUCACUUGAAAAAAAAAAAAAAACACACGCACCACCCAUAAGUGUACUUAUUGUCCCAUUACUUUAUAAACAGCUCAGUUACAAAUAGGAAAAGAGUAUACAGAAUAUAUUAGCCACCAGAGUUCCCUAUCCAAUUACAGAGAUCAUAUAUGAAUUCAUUCACUGACGCCAUCUAAACGGUCAAACAGGCUCCAUUCAAGGGCGUUCGACCUGAAGUUUUCAGUAGCGCCGACCACCAGCCGUUGACAGGAGUACUCGACUUGAUUUUUUCCCCUUCUUUCCAACCUCA